AAUAGAUGCUGGAAAAAUACGAGUGUUCAGUGAUGGUUACGCCUUUCUCGCCCUCACCAAUAUGGCGUUUUAUUUACUCCGUUUUACGUAGCAGCCUUAAAUUAUGGGAUAUAUUUAUGCUCUACGACCUGUUCGCAGAUCAGUUGAACUAGUUAAUUGAACCUGCAGGACUGGCAUACCGACUGAAUUACAACUGUUCCCAAAUCAGACGCGGACCGAACGCUCGCGUACACCGGAAAUAGUUGAAAGCGCAGCCAGAGUUGUCUCGCAUUGUCAACAGUAUUGUGUAUACGGGAGUUUACUGAUGAAAAGAGUCCUUUAUCGUUCGUUAAACAACUUUGAAACGAUCUGAUCAAUUGACUCAUUCUCACUGACAAUUGGAACAUAAAUACGACAAAAUGAACGUGACUCUGGCUGUCAAGCAGUACAUUUCCAAAAUGAUAGAGAGCAGCGGACCCGGGAUGAAGGUGCUGCUGAUGGACAAGGAGACGACCAGUAUCGUAAGUGUGGUCUACACACAGUCUGAGAUCCUGCAGAAAGAAGUCUACCUUUUUGAGCGCAUUGACUCAAAAAACCGGGACAACAUGAAGCACCUUAAGGCAAUCUGCUUUCUUCGGCCAACCAAGGAGAAUGUAGAGCACCUGAUUCAAGAGCUUCGUCGGCCCAAGUAUAGUGUUUAUUUCAUCUAUUUCAGUAACGUGAUCAGUAAAAGUGAAAUAAAGGCUUUGGCUGAGGCAGAUGAACAGGAAGUAGUUGCAGAAGUGCAGGAGUUCUAUGGAGAUUUCAUUGCUGUGAACCCUCAUCUCUUCUCCCUCAAUCUUCAAGGAGUAUCCAGGGGUCGCAGUUGGGAGCCCAGUGUACUGCCUCGUGUAACUCAGGGUUUGACAUCAGUGUUGCUGGCCCUGAAGAAAUGCCCCAUGAUCCGCUACCAGCUCUCUUCUGACAUGUCCAAAAGGCUGGCAGAGAGUGUCAAACAAAUCAUUACUAAGGAGUAUGAACUGUUUGACUUCAGAAAAACAGAAGUACCUCCUCUUCUCCUGAUUUUAGACAGAAGUGAUGAUGCCAUUACUCCCCUUCUCAAUCAGUGGACAUAUCAGGCCAUGGUUCAUGAGCUACUGGGCCUCAAUAACAACCGCAUAGACCUGUCAAGAGUUCCUGGAAUCAGUAAGGACCUACGGGAGGUGGUCUUGUCGGCAGAAAAUGAUGAGUUUUAUGCAAAUAACUUGUACCUGAAUUUUGGUGAGAUUGGAACAAACAUCAAGAACCUAAUGGAGGAUUUCCAGAAGAAAAAGCCCAAGGACAAACAAAAAUUAGAGUCCAUAACUGACAUGAAGGCAUUUGUGGAUAAUUACCCACAGUUUAAGAAAAUGUCAGGCACGGUCUCAAAACAUGUAACUGUGGUUGGGGAGCUGUCUCGCCUGGUCAGUGAAAGACAGCUGAUGGAGGUGUCAGAGGUGGAGCAGGAGUUGGCCUGCCAGAAUGAUCAUUCCAGUGCACAACAGAACCUGAGGCGACUAUUGCAGAACCCUCGGCUUUCUGAAAUUGAUGCUGUGCGGCUGGUGAUGCUGUACGCGCUUCGCUAUGAGAAACACAGCAGCGGUAUUCUGCCCAGCCUUAUGGAGGAGCUCAACCGCAAAGGGGUGUUAGAGAGACACCGCAAGAUGAUACAAACCGUGGUGGAAUAUGGUGGCAAACGAAUCAGAGGAAGUGAACUCAUCGCUCCUACAGAUGCUGUGGCCAUUACCAAACAGUUUUUCAAAGGACUUAAGGGAGUUGAGAAUGUGUACACACAGCAUCAGCCGCUACUACAUGACACGCUGGAUCAGCUGAUCAAGGGUCGUUUGAAGGACAGCCAGUUCCCCUACCUCGGGCCAAGUUCUCUUAGAGACAGACCUCAAGACAUUAUUGUCUUUAUAAUUGGUGGGGCCACUUAUGAAGAGGCAUUGACUGUUUAUAACCUGAACCGCACAAUGCCGGGGGUGCGCAUCGUACUCGGGGGCACAAUCAUUCACAACACUAAAAGCUUUCUGGAGGAAGUGAGGCUUUCAGUAGGUUCAGGUGGUGACAGAACACAAGGCGGAGGCCGUCAGCUGAGCCGACGUUGAGCUGUUAUCAGCAUAUUAAUGUGUGCUUACACUCCCAGUGCUGUCUGUCCUCUGAACCCUAAACUGAGUAAAUUUUUCUUCUUUGUUUCUCACCUGACAUUCCUUGAGUUAAGAAAAUGGUAACAUUGCACGAUAAGGUUUAAUUCAUUAACAUUAAU